AUACCUGUCACGACAAAAAGGAAAAUUAUAUUAGGUUUGUCCAGGCUACAGGUGAAAGAGGGAAAGAAGCUGAUGACAUAAUGGAAAGAUUUAAACUAACAAUUCCUGAUUUGAUAAUAGACAAAAGGCAAGGGUAUAAUAUGAUAAGGAAACAGACAAGACCAGUAUUAUUCGAAAGAAAGAGGGGAAGGCCGCAAAGCAGAGAAAAUAGAUGUACGAAAAAGAGAAGGGAAAGUUCCAGUUCAAGUAGCUCUGAAUCAUCAGACACAUCCAGAUCAAGUAGUACAAGCUCAAGAGAAGAUGAAACGGUAACUGCUGUUAGGGAUCUACUUGAUCUGGAGGAGGACUUUCAAAUUGUGGAACCUUGUUACGAAGAGAAAUUAAGAAAAGAAAGUGAGGAAAGACUAAGAAUUGAAAAUGAAAGAAAAGAGAAACAGGAAAAAUUUAGAAAAGAGAAAGAAAGGCGAGAGAUAGCAGAGGUAAAGGAGAGACAAGAAAGAGAGGAGAGGCUCAGAAUUGAAAGGGAAAUAAAAGAAGAUGAAGCAAGGAAAGAGGCAGAGGAGAAAAAGAGGAAAGAGGAAGAACUUAGACUUGAGACGGAAAGAAAAGAGAAAGAAGUGAAGGAAGCAGAGGAAAAGCAAAGGCAAGAAAGAGAGGAGAGACAGAGAGUAGAAAAGGAAAGGAAAGAGAAUGAAGCAAGGAAAGAAGCAGAGGAGAAAAAGAGAAAAGAGGAGGAACUUAAACUUGAGAAAGAAAGAAAAGAGAAAGAAACAAAAGAAGCAGAGGAGAAAAAGAGAAAAGAGGAGGAAAUUAGACUUGAGAAAGAAAGAAAAGAGAAAGAAACAAAAGAAGCAGAGGAGAAAAAGAGAAAAGAGGGGGAACUUAGACUUGAGAAAGAAAGAAAAGAGAUAGAAACAAAAGAAGCAGAGGAGAAAAAGAGAAAAGAGGGGGAACUUAGACUUGAGAAAGAAAGAAAAGAGAUAGAAACAAAAGAAGCAGAGGAGAAAAAGAGAAAAGAGAAGGAAGUUAGACUUGAGAAAGAAAAGAGAAACAUGGAAGCAGAGAAAGAAAAGGGAAGGGUAGAAGAAAAGAGACUACACGCAAAGGACAAGGAUGAAAGACAUAGUAAGAAAACAGAAGAAAAACAAAAGAUGGAAAUAGUUACACUGAAUGUAGGAGGACGAAAAUUUUCAACUUUAAAUACCACCGUGAAAGGCAUAAUGGACAAAGUAGUGAUAAAUAAAGAUGAAUUGUUCAUUGACAGGGACAGUGAACUAUUCCCAUAUGUCUUGAAUCAUUUAAGAUACCGUCAACAAGGAGUGAUGAACCUGUCAAGAGAUCUUUUACCAUCAGACAGAGGAAGUUUGGCUGCAUUACAACUCGAGGCGAAAUAUUUCAACCUCCCAAAGCUGGAAAAACAGUGCAGUGACAAAAGGAUAAGUUUAAAAGAAAAUGUGUAAACAAGAAUAAAUAAAGUGUUGUAAUGUCAAAUAUAGACAGGAUGAUAAAAGGAAUGUUUGGAAAAUAAUUAUUGAAAGAUAAAAGGAAUUUUUAGAUAAAAGAAAUACAUAUGACAAAAGGAAUUUACCGAUAAACAGAGUAUCAGCAUGAUGAACAAACUAAAGGAACAGUAUUACAGAUAUCUUCAGUGGAGUUUAAAAGAUUAAUUUAACUUUAUACAAAUAAAAUUCACAUUUAAUGUUUCAAACUAAUUUUAGUGUAAAGUACACAUUUUGCCAUAAAUUUUAUUAA